AUGGGAGGGGCAGGAUUCAAAUUCCAGAAGAAGGAUGUUGUACUGUCCCAGCUUGAGGGCACACCCAGCCUGAACCAGAUUCGUUCACAGGUGAAUAAAGACAAUUCACGGUGGAGUCUGAGUCUGACUCCUGGUUCUUCAGGUCACCCAAGGCUCUCAGUCAUUCCGGAUAAGGAAGGAUGCCCAAUACCAGCUGUAGCGGACCCAGAACGCCAGCACUCAGCACUUAUGCGUUGCCCAUCGCAGCCACCGCGCACGCGCCGCUUCGCCGCCAAGGAGGGGGUGGGGAGUGGGCGGGGCGGUUAUCUCCCGGGCCAAUCGGAAGCGAGGGGCCCCGCCCUCCGGGCCGGUGGACCGAGCUUGACCCCAGCGGUGGGCGGAGAAGGCGGGGCCAGCCGUGCGGCCGCGGAGGGGGCGGGGCCCAGGGCCUGGAGGCGGGGCCUGGGGCUGUCAGUCCCGCGCCCGCCGCCGCCGCCGCCGCCGCCGUCGCCGCCGCGGUUCCUUACAUGUCGUGGCCCCGGUGGUUGCCGGCGCUGCCGACCGCCGUCCGUCGCCCCGGCAUCCCGAGCCGCCUCCCGCCGUGCCGGCCCGGCGCGCAGUCUGGUGUCUCGGAUUUGGCCCUGCAUUGCCCACCCCUGCUGGAUCUUGUCCAUUCGAGGGACAAAACGUCCUGACACCUUCCUGAAGAAUGGGAAGAGAGGAGAUCCUGAAAGCACAGAUUGCAAUACUGUGCCAGAGGCCGAGGAAACCUAUGCCUGGAGGGAUUGCCCCACACCAACAGGAGCACCAAGGAUGCUGGAGCCGGAGGCACGCAGGCCCAAGAAGGGUAGAAAUACCAGCAAUGACCAAGGGCCACCCAUAGCAGUUCCCCGGCUGUCCGUCCAGGACCCACCGAAUGGAGGACAUGCAGCGGCUCUCCCUUUACAACCACAAAAGCUGAAACAAAGGCCAGAGAAGCACGAAGCAGCACGAGUCCAGAAGCUUUCAGAAUCACCCUGAGAAAAUUGUCUAUUGAAUGACAACCAGUUUUACCAAUGUGUGAGAAGAGACCUUCCCUCCCCCACUGGGUUCCAUCCUAUCUGGAUGCCCUUCCUUGUGGACUCCGAAGAUCUCAUAUCUCCCUUUAAGCAUGCAGUUCCUGCUUCAGCUGUGGUAGUUCUGGGUAACCUUCUCUGUGAGAAAAUGUUCAUUUUUUUCUCCCUACACAUUCUGACUUGAAACUGGGUCAUUUUAGGCUAGAAGCACCUCUGGUCAUUCUCGUUUCUCAGAAGUUGCCAAGUUCAUGUCACACUUGUUUCAUUUGUGAACAGGGGUCCACUUCUGACAGAUGUUACCUGGCCUGGGCAGUGUGUCUCCUGUUGGCUCCCUGGUACUUUUCUCCCCUCCUCCACCCUGUCCCAGGUGAGACUCACUCAGUGGCAACCCUACCUCUCCUGGUGAGGACUGUAUAUGUGGCAGACGGCCUUUGGCUGGAGGUGUGAGAGAAAGUGUGGUCUGGUGGGACCAACAUCUUUGUCAAUUUGGAGGCCACUGGAGCAGGGCUUUAUUCCUGGGAGAAGGUAGUUUCAGAGAGGCCAGCCCUUAUCUCCGUGUGCCCCCUGCUUCUACCCUCUUAACUCAGGCUUGCCUUUUAGUGUCUUUCUUAAUCCAGGGUAGUUUUUCUUUUCUUUCUUCAACUAGAAGCAACUUUUGUUGUAAUUUUCAUUAUUGCAAAGCAACACAUGCUUAUUACAAAGACAUCAGAAAGGUAGACAAACAAAAGAAGGAAAAACCAGCCCCAAAUCCUAUUUGCCUCAAAGGCAACCAUUGAGACUCUGUUGAAGAACCUUCCAGAUCCCUUUCUAGGCAUAUAGUAUCGUAUAUAUAUUAAUAUAUAUCAUAUAUCACUAUGACUUCUCAUAUUGCGAUGUCAUGAUACCACAUAUAUUCUUUGAUAACAUAUGUUGUCAUUUAAUGUCUUAUAAUGAACAGCUUUUCUAUAUCAACAAACUUUUUUUAAAAUGGCUAAGUAAUGUCUUUAAUUCCAGAAGAGAAAACUGAGGACAAAAUGUAAAGUAAUUUACAAAAUAAAGAGGAUGAUAAGUCACUUAGUAUAAGAGAAUAAAGCCAAGCAGAUUCAGCUCAAAGCAUGCACACCCCCAUUUUUCUGGGCCAUGAGUUAUAUGAGUCUAUAACAAUUGUAAUGUACGAGUACUCAAUUAUAGAGCUAUCCCAUCAUUUAUUUACUUAAUCUCAUAUGGUUCAAUGUUUAGGUUGUUUCCAACUUUUCUCUAUUUUAAGCAGCAUUAAUGAGCAUGGUUCUGGUUUAAUCUACCUACAGUUAUUUCCUUGAAGUAAAUGCCCAGAAGGAGAUCAAAGGAUAGUUAGUGAAAGCUACAAAGACCUCCAAGUAUGCAACCAGCAUUAACUGCUUGGUACCAAAAUGUGUUAAAG